CGCCCGGGACCGCCCCCCGCACACGGGCGCCGGUGCUGCCCCGAUGUCCCCGGCGCGCCCAAGGCGCUGCACCUGCCCCGGGAGGGGGGUCAGUGCCCGCUGGUGCCUCCCCUCCCUGUCCCCGGGAACAAGGAAGCAGCUCCAACUACCUUCAGCCAUCACUCGGCAGCGUAGUUCCCCGCUGCCACCUUCCCCACGCUCUGUGUCCUCAGGUCCCCCACCUUGCAAGGCGUUGGGGUGCUGGCUGUGGACAUGACUGGGGGCACGGGAGGGCUGCCCCUGCUGCUGCUGAGCCUUGCUGUGCUGGAUCUCCCGCUGGAGACCACGGCACUGCUGCCCAACACCACCUCAAGCACUGCAGCAACCUUCCCUCCCUCCCGACAUGCAACCUCCACCCCAGGGAUGCCAAUGGGUAACUUUACACCCAGUGCUUCUACGGCUCGGCAGAGUAGCCCGGCAGCCUCCAACACCACCAGACCACAGGUGAGGGGCAGCACAGCUCACAGCACCUCUGUGUCACCUGGGCUGGGACCUGCCACCACCAGCAGCACCCCAGCACAGCUGGAACCCACCACCAGCAGCACCCCAGCAUGGCUGGAACCCACCACCAGCGGUACCACAGCAAGGCUGGGGCUCACCACCAGCGGUACCACAGCACGGCUGGAACCCACUACCAGCAGUACCACAGCAUGGCUGGAACCCACUACCAGCAGUACCACAGCAAGGCUGGGGCUCACCACCACCAGCAGUACCACAGCACAGCUGGAACCCACCACCAGCAGUACCUCAGCAGGGCUGGAACCCACCACCAGCAGUACCUCAGCAGGGCUGGGGCUCACCACCACCAGCACGCCAGCUCCAACCUCCAUGGCCAUGACACCCAACUGUGACAAGAUGACCACUUUCACAUCUGUGGGGACCAGCACAGCCCUGGCUGUCAGCUCAUUUGGAGUUGAAAUGAGCAUGCUGCCUCCCCCCACCUCUACUCUUCUCUCCUCCACCUUGGUGGGCACCACGUUUGGCACCAGCACCCACCAAGGGCCAGCCACAACCACACUGCUUGACAACACAUUCCCAGGGACCGGCAGCACCUCUUCUAUCACUCCAGCAGUGACAGACACUUCAGAUGAGCCCUCGAUGUCCCCAUCACACACCACGGUCUCCCUUGUUACCACCACAGAGGUCCCUGGGAGCACCCCUGUCCCCAGCCAGCCAAUUGGGACCACAGCCAAGACCACCCCUGGUACCUCCACCCCAACAGAACCAGAGACCUCCAGUGACACUGCAGAGGUCACUGCCAUGGAUGUGACAGCAACUGUGUCCCCAGCUCUCCCUACCUCCUCAACACCUAUGGAGAGCUCAACACUGCUGCCUACCACUGACUCCAUCAGCACAGCCACCCUCCUUUCCUCCAGCCCUGAAACAGAAGCCUCCACCCCAGAGGGGUCUGGCACAUCCCCAGAGACUGGCAACACCUCACCGCCCACCGCGCCUCCUCCCACUGAAACUACAGACGAUUCAACCGAGGCCUUGACAGCCCUGACAGACACCACAGGCAGCCCUGUUAUCAGCACAUCAGACCCCAUGAGCAGCCCCUCUUCAAGCUACACUGACAUCUUCCCCUCAACUAUGGAGUCGACUCCAGGCACUGAGCCCUCUUCCCCUGCCACCAGCUCAGCCCAGACCUCAGAGGUUACCCUCAGCACGCCUACGGACCUGACAAUGCUGCCGCCAGCCUGCCCCUCUGGCUCGUCCAACACCAGUGCAUCUCACCUCUUUCUGUCGCUGCGGCUAACCACCCCCCUGGACCUGGGGAACACCACGGUGCAGGAGCUGGUGUUGUCCCAGCUCCGUAAGGACCUGCAGACGGCGUUCCCGUGCGCUGGCCUGUCUCUGGCAUGGCGAGGGAGGAGGAGGACCUGACCACUGCCCCUCACCCGGCCUGCUCCUGCCUGGACUGCCAAGCCACCUGCUCCCAGCUCCUCACUCCAUGGUGAUGCAGGCCCCUGGGGAAUCCUCUACAGCUCCUCUUGAACCUGGGGCUUCCCAUCCCUCACUCUGCACCCCCAGAGGACCCCCAGUGCUGCUCCUGCCCCUUCCCACAGCCUGUCUGUAGAGCCCGAGCCCUCUCACCACCCUGCUCCAGACCUGGUUCCUGUGGUGGGACCCCCUCCAGCUCUGCUGGGGGGCUGGGAGAAGGGAACCCCACAGGACUGGGCUUUUACAUCUGGGACUGAGCUGGCUCAGCCAUCAAAACCACCCUGGGGACAGAGGAAUGGGAGGAAGGAGACCUGAAGCCCCCAGGAUUGCGGUGCCCAAGGCUCACCUGUGGUAUUGCUGACAGAGGAGAACACCUGUGCCAACACAGGCUGGGCAGUAAAUAGAAAUUCCAUGUUUUCUGUGUCGAA